AUUCUCUCUCUCUCUCUUUCACUUUCUCUUUCUCAUCUAUCCUCUGACAAUUCUAACCUCUGAGAGACACAUGCACACAGAGACGGGGAGAGAGAGAGAGAGAGAGAUGGGUGCCAUGCGUCCAUCCUCAAAAGCAAAGCACGAAGCAAGGGAGGUAGCUGCAGGAGUAUCUCAACCGAAGGACCUAGACGCUGGUGCUCUCUUUGUUCUCAAAUCCGAAGGAUCAUGGGUGCACUGUGGGUACCACCUAACGACAUCGAUAGUGGCUCCGGCGCUGCUGAGCCUGCCGUAUGCCUUCGCCGCCCUGGGAUGGGCGGCCGGAAUUCUAAGCCUGGUGGUGGGGGCGGCGGUGACUUUCUACUCCUACAAUCUGAUGUCUCUGGUUCUGGAACACCACGCUGAGGCCGGCCACCGCCACCUCCGCUUCCGGGACAUGGCCAACCACAUCUUAGGGCCAAGAUGGGGUCGAUAUUAUGUUGGCCCAAUUCAGUUUAUGGUCUGUUAUGGUGCUGUGGUUGCUUCUACUCUUCUGGGAGGACAGUGCAUGAAGACAAUUUACUUGAUGUGGAACGCCGAAGGAACUAUGAAGCUUUUUGAAUUUGUAAUAAUAUUUGGAGGGCUGAUGCUGAUUUUAGCCCAACUCCCAUCAUUUCACUCGCUCAGGCACAUCAACCUGAUUUCCUUGUUUCUAUGCCUCACUUACAGUGCCUGUGCGUCUGCUGGGUCCAUUUAUAUUGGAGAAUCAUCAAAGGGACCAGAAAAAGACUAUUUCUUGACUGGCAGUAGCGCAAGUAAAACUUUUGGGGUCUUCAAUGCAGUUGCUAUUGUUGCCACGACUUUUGGCAAUGGAAUCAUUCCAGAAAUACAGGUUUGUUGUUGUAAUUCAAUUCCCACAUCCUCCUUGUUUUCAUUUUUCUUGAAUUUUUUAGUUUAUUUUUCUGCAGAUGUUGCUGCUGGGAUCUAUUAUACUGAUGCUGACAUUGCAAAUUUGUGUUUACAGGCAACACUAGCACCCCCAGUGAAGGGGAAGAUGUUCAAAGGGCUCUGCAUUUGUUUCGCAGUACUCAUAGUGACUUUCUUCAGUGUAGCCAUUUCAGGCUACUGGGCAUUUGGCAACCAAGCUGAACCCCUCGUCCUUAGUAACUUCUUGGACAACGGGAAACCUCUGGUGCCCAAAUGGUUUAUUUUGAUCACCAACAUCUUUGUCAUUCUCCAACUUUCUGCUGUUGGUGUGGUUUAUUUGCAGCCCACAAACGAAGUCCUUGAGCGGAUGUUUGCAGACCCAACAAGCAGUGAAUUCUCUCCCCGAAAUGCCACCCCUAGGUUGAUAUUUAGAUCACUAUCUGUUAUCAUAGCAACAACUAUUGCAGCAAUGCUGCCGUUCUUUGGGGACAUCAACUCUCUAAUCGGAUCAUUUGGUUUCUUGCCUCUUGAUUUUGUCUUGCCUGUGGUUUUCUUCAACUUAACGUUUAAGCCAUCCAAGCGGGAGCCCAUUUUCUGGAUAAAUGCCAGUAUUGCAGUGUUUUUCUCAGCAUUAGGAGUCAUAGCAGCUGUUGCAGCAGUAAGACAAAUCAGUCUUGAUGCCAAAACUUAUCGAUUAUUUGCUAACGUAUAAUCAAGGCAAAUGAGCCAUUACAAUAUUCAUAGCCAGCAAUUCUACAUAUUGUAUGACCAUUUCAAGAUUCCUCUCUUGACAGGGAAGGUCCUCUCAAGGAUCAUUUGUAGCAUUUAUUAUGUCAAUCAGCCUUAUAUUGAGAAGUAGAAA